CGGAGGCGGUCGUGUACUCCUUUAUGAAAACACGCCGAUAAACUUUUCACGGAAGCACGUGUUUCAGGCCAGAAGUUGACCGCUCCCUUAAUCACUUCCUUGCGUGUUCGUUUUAUCAUAAGAGCGUUUAUAAUGUGUUUUGUUUGUAAAAAUGUUUCGCAUCCAGGUAGUUGCAGGUAUCGCCUUCUUAAUCUUGUUUUGAUUCCACGUCAACUUACUCAAUAAUAUAGUGUAGAUGUUAAAACAUUUUUAAAAGCUUUCCAUUGUGAGGCAAAUCGUAGAGUAUUAAAAAAGAGUAAAGCUAUUUAGAUUUUCAAAUAUUGGUGGUGAGAGAAACAGUGUAACAAUGCAUGUACUAUGUUAUUUACGACUUCGAAAAAUCCGGAAGAUAUUAUUGGCGCUGAUGGUUUUGGAUUGGUUGUUCGCCAGGACCACAGAUGCAACAGCACACGAGCCUGGUUUCAGCGGACCGAUAGAAAACGUGACUGCACCGUUGGGUCGCGAGGCCAUCUUGGCGUGCACCGUGCAUAACCUCUCCACGUACAAGGUUGCCUGGCUUCGCGUGGACACACAAACAAUAUUGACCAUCCACACUCACGUGAUAUCGCGGAGCCGUCGUGUCGGAGUCACCCACAGUGACCAUCGCACGUGGUUCCUGCAUAUACGGGAAUUGCGGGAGACCGAUAGAGGGUGGUACAUGUGCCAGAUAAAUACAGACCCUAUGAAGAGUCAGCUCGGCUAUUUAGAUAUUGUUGUACCUCCGGACAUUUUGGACCGAGGGACAAGUACUGACCAAACUGUUCGGGAAGGAUCUCCAGUAAGCUUAACCUGUGCUGCUACCGGCUCGCCUGAACCCCAAAUAACUUGGCGCAGGGAGCACACGAAGGUUAUCCCUUUGUCCAAUGGAUCUCAAGUGACGUCACUGGAGGGUCCUGUAUUAAAUAUUAGCAGGGUUACGAGGCAGCAUGCGGGGCCAUAUUUGUGCAUCGCCUCAAAUGGGGUCCCGCCUACCGUCAGCAAGAGAAUUAUGCUCAUCGUUGAAUUUCCGCCGGUUAUAACAAUAAAGAAUCAGUUGGUUGGAGCAGCGUUAGGUACGGACUUAGUGUUGGAGUGUGAAACAGAGGCAUAUCCGAAACCUGUUAGUUACUGGAGUCGUGAGGAUGGAGAAAUUGUUCCUAUAGGUGGAAGUUUAGAGCCACAAAGAAUAGCUGGUACUUUCCGUUCGGUACUCAGGCUACCUUUAAGAAGAAUAAAGAAUUCGGAUUAUGGCGCUUACAGAUGUGUCUCUAAGAACGCACUAGGCGACACUGAAGGCACCAUCAAGUUAUAUCCGAUGCCUCCCGCCGCGUUGGAAAAUAAAAAUGUUAUUCAAAGGCUAAAUAUAAUGAUGGACAAGGCAUCGGAAACUACGCCCUUUGGAACUAAAGAUUUCAGGUUACAAGGCAAUGGAGCAGCCUCUUUGAAACAAUCUUGGCGCGGUUUUUAUAUUUUUUUCAUCCUGUUCUUUUUAACAAAUACACGAAUAUUUAACAAUCAUUAAUUACAUGGUAUGAUUUAUAUUAUUAAAUUUUUUGUUGAAUGAUAUUACAAUUGAAGAAUAUUCUGUAUAUAUUUUGUUUUGCAUUUGUAUACAUUAUGUUGAGAUAACAAACAAAGUUCUUCUUCGUCUUUAUUGUACAUCUUUUGUCCUAUUUACUUAAAACGAGACGAGAUUAAAGAGAAGCUAUAGAAUGUUAGUUUAACUUCUAUCCAUGUAUAUUUUUUUUUGAAAAUAAACAUUUAAUUAUUACCAAAAAAGGUCAAGCAAAUGAGGGUUACAUAAAACUUUCAUUAUAUUUCAUUAUAUUUUCGAUGGAAAAUCAUACGUGCUCUCGAUCGGAUAUAAUUAUUUAUAUUAAUUUUUCAAACUUUCUUGUUAUAGAGUGACUUUUAUUAUCCCUUGCUUUAGAUAAUUUGACGAGGUUCGUUUUAGUUAUAACUCAAUAAAGGCUGAACGGAUUUAAAUCAUUUUUGGUUCCUUGGUUGUGUAUCCACUUAAAUUAGGAAAAUGAAGGCGAAAAUUAUUUAUUUAUUCUACAAAUAAAAGCUGCUUCAUAACAAGAGCCGAAGCGAGUCACCUAGUGCUAAAAUAUAAUCCUAGAAACAAUUGUUUAUUAAUCUUAAAUACAUUUAUUUUAUGUAUUAAUUAUAUACUGUGAACUUUGUAGACUGGCGAGGCGCAAUUGAUAUAAUGAUAACAUAUCUUCUUGUAUAAGUUUAGUUAUAAAGUUAUUGAAUUACACUUUAGUCAAAUAUAUUAUGAGAAGUAUUAAGAAAGUAUUAAUAGAGACUGAAAAUAAACUUGUAUGUAUGAUUAAUGUAGGAAUAUUAGCGCUUGAAGUAAAAUACUACAUUGAACAUAGGAUUUAUCAACUGUACAUAAUAAGGAAUAUAGUAUAGAUAUUACAUGAGGCUAUUGUUUUAUGGUAUUAUAUAACCAGAGUCAAAAUAUUGCUUUUAAUGUUUGUUAAUGUUUGGAAAAACUUCAAAUAUAAUU